UAAACAUGCAGAACAUGGACCAUUACAUUGCAUAACUGCGUCAGCCAUGGGACUGUUGCUUCCUAUCCUUGCUUGCAUUCUGGCCUCUGUGAUUGGAGGACUGUACCUUCUUGGAGUGUUUCGACGGCGCCUACCAGGAGAACCCCCUUUGGAUAAGGGGAUCAUUCCUUGGCUGGGUCAUGUCUUGGAGUUUCGCAGGGACACACUGAAAUUCAUAGAGAGGAUGCAGAAAAAGCAUGGUGAUGUGUUUACAAUACAGCUGGGUGGGUUUUACAUUACAUUCCUUCAGGAUCCGCUGUCAUUUGGAGCAUUUGUUAAGGAGAGCAGAGAAAAACUAGACUUCAGCAAGUUUGCCAAGGCUCUUGUACGUAAGGUGUUUGGUUAUGUGGCAGAAGAGGAAGAGCAUCACCUUCUCCAGGUUACCAGCAACAAGCAUCUGAAAGGAGACGGGUUAAAGUUAAUGACGGAGGCCAUGAUGGACAAUUUACAGACCCUGAUGCUGCACAGGGUGGGCUCAGUUUCAGACCAAAACCCCUGGAUUGAAGACGGGCUGUUUAUGUACAGCUACAAUAUUCUGUUCAGAGGUGGCUACUUGUCUCUGUAUGGCAACACCCCGGCUGAGUCGGAAGAAAGUGAAGAGAAAGCCAAAGAGAAAGACAGGGCUGAGUCUCAAGCGUUGUUCUGUGAGUUUCGUAAAUAUGACCAACUCUUCCCUAACUUGGCUUAUGGCGUGGUCACACCAACAGAAAGGAUAGAAGCAAAGAGACUGAUGGGAAAGUUUUGGAACGCUCUGUCAGUGCAGAAGAUGAUGGCCAAGAACAACAUCAGCGGUUGGAUACGGGACAUGCAGCAGGCUAGGCACGAGUGGGGUAUGAACACUUCAAUGAUCGACAGGUACAUGUUUGUGCUUCUUUGGGCAUCUCAGGGCAACACAGGACCCUCCUCAUUUUGGCUGCUCCUCUACCUUAUGAAACACCCAGAAGCCCUGGAAGCAGUGAAAGAAGAAGUGGACAGGGUUGUGAAGGAAUCUGGACAAGAAAUACGUCGCGGCGGCCCUCUGAUCAACCUGACCCAUGAAAUGUUGCUGAGAACCCCGGUACUUGACAGCGCUCUGGAUGAGUCCCUAAGACUCACUGCCGCACCCCUCCUCACCAGAGCUGUCCUGGAGGACAUGACCCUCAAAAUGGCAGACGGACGCGAGUACUUCAUUCGCAAAGGUGACAGAAUGGCAAUGUUUCCUUACAGUGCGGUUCACAUUGACCCAGAGAUCCACCCUGACCCGCAUUCUUUCAAAUACGACCGCUUCCUCAAUCCAGAUGGGAGCAAGAAAACAGAUUUCUACAAGCAGGGGAAGAAAGUGAGAUAUUACAACAUGCCCUGGGGAGCUGGGGUUUCCAUGUGUCCAGGUCGAUUCUUCGCCAGCAACGAGAUGAAGCAAUUUGUUUUCUUGAUGUUGGCCUAUUUUGAGUUUGAGCUGAAGAACCCUGAUGAAAAUAUCCCAGAAAUUGAUUACAGGCGCUGGGGCUUUGGUUCCAUGCAGCCAGUCAAAGAUGUUCAGUUUAGAUACAGACUUAGGUUUUAAAUCUGAGCUCCUCAUUUUACCCACUAUUUAAGCAUUUGUAGAGAACAGAAAGUUUCCUAACUCAUCUCUGUAUAUGUGUAUACAUUUUGAAUAUUUGCACAAUUACCAGUGCUCUGUGUGCAGUUUGUUUCACAUUCACAUUAGCAAUAUAAACAGAUGUUCAUUUUAGUAGCUUACUUCUUACUUACUUAUCUUAGUAGUUCAGUUUAGUAGCUUUGAGUAAAAUGUGUUCAGAUAAUAGUACUUUAGAUUGUCUCCAUAGGUAAUCAGUGAAUGUAAAGAAAAAAAUAAUAGCCUUCACUUCUGUAUCAAUUAUUGAUUGGUAUGUGUAAAAGUGAUCCUGUUAAAAGCCUGCUGUCCACCAAUGUCUGUUUGUACAACCAGGGGAGCAGGUCAGAGCAGAUAAGAACAGAGAACUGUUUUGCAAUACCAUUACAGAACUGAAGAAGCUUCACGCUUUAACUUUGACCAUGACCUGAAUGACUGUGAAGCUUCAUAGACACCAUUAAUAAUGUUUCAUUUACAUUCACUGACCACUAGAGGUGACGCUCUGACAAAGCAUAUGUAUACACUGUAACCUUCAUUUUGCAAAGCAUGUUUGUACAAUUAUAUUUUAAUUAAAGUCAUUUCAAGAAAA